AUGGCUUCUUCUCUCGCAGAGCCUGAUACUCUUCCUUUUGACCUACUCAAACAGCACCGAGAUGACCGAGGUCGUAGUUGCAUCAGCAUCGAUGUUGGUCGCGACGAAUAUGGUAUGGUGGUGGAGUCUCUUCAGCAUCUCACCCGGGAGGUUGAGUACUUCAUUCUUCCAGACCAGGCGAAACUACGGUUAGCCACGAAGCUAUACGUGAUCGGUCACUGGAACUUCACUUCUGAUAUCUUGGAGGAGGCUGAUCAAGCCGAAGCCCAGGCAAGUGAACCCUGGACGAUUAUUAAGAAAGCAAAAACUCCUGAGGAGGAAGAGUGGAAGGAAGGCCUCGAACUCAUAUUCAAGGUGAUCAGGAAGUUGGAGAAUUUGAAAGAACUCACGUGGGUAUUUCACGACCUGAUUGGUUCUGACUGGGUCUCGACUCUCCCGUUCGUGCCGAGCACUUGGGAAGUCCUUCCAACCACUCUUACGAAACUUGUUCUGGAUAUCAGCCAGCCUGUCAGGCUUGACGGCACAGACGCUCAUCGUGAGAGCUACUUGCCUCAGAGUGGAUUAAAGCCGUUAGUCAACUUUGAUAAACUAGAGGAGUUGAGAAUCUUUGGCAUGCGCGACUCUUUUCAAUCUAUCAUCUGGGAAACGGUUUACCGACAUGACCCAGAUAGCGAUGGGAUGCGGAUCCUUGAACUCUCUAUGGCGAACCGACCUCUAAUCCGUCAAGAAGGAUGGCUGAAGGCCCAGGAGGUGGUGGGAUUGAGAGUCGCCAAGGACGAUGAGAAUCCGUAUAAAGGCCUUGACGGGAAAGGUGUCCUCCACUAUUCUUACGGCACCGGGGAGUAUCUUGAUGAUUAUUGCAUAAGAAAAGCGCGUGGUUCUGCUGGCGUUGACGAGAACAAGCCAGUUCCUCUCUGGCGCCUCAAGCUAGAUGGAUUCGUCGUUGACCACCUCCCGUUCGAGACAGAGCUUAGUUUCCUAGUAUUCUUAAGCUGCGGUAACCAAUGCAUCGAUGCUGGUCUUCGAGCCCCAAAGACUUUAAACUCCCACAACACUUGGAAGUGCUAUAUUCCGAACGCGAUCACCCACUGCAUGAUCGACUGGCCGGAAUGGACAGGCAUCUUUGAUCCCCAAGGCCGACAACUUGCUUCUGAUGGCACUCUGAUAGGACUUAGUGAGGAGUCUAAGAAUGAGUCGAAGUACGAUAAAGGCGACGCUCUGGCUCUCACUACUGAACACCUCCGACAAAUGGAUCUCCGCACUAAUGAAGAAUCUCCUGGUGAGGCGCUGCGCAAUGCAUAUGGCGAAGCUGCGGACCUCUUUACUCCUAGCAUUCUCCAUGGAGGACCUCCGACUCCUUUGGACUUGACUUCCAUCAAGUCAAUGCGUGGGUCGCCGUUACCGAGCCCUGACAGGGACUAUUUCAGCUGUGGUUCGGAUGACACUGAGCGUGGGAAGAAUUAG